AUGAGAAAUCAAUGGCGUUUGCUUCUUCUCUGCCGCCACUCUCUAGCUCAACCUCACAUUUCCAGGCACUUGUCUCAGUUUUCUGACUCUGACUUCCAGGUAAACUCUCUUCGCUUCUUCUCUUCCUCACUCCUCCACUCACUUGCACCUCACGUGCCCCUACCACCAUUCAUUUCCCAACUUCAAAACCUUCCAAGCCCCAGCUUCCGCUAUUUCUCAUCCUCUGAACUUGCCGUUGAACACAAAAACGCUGAUGAGGUAGUGCUAGUAACUGAUAUUUUCUCUAAAGGAUAUGAAACUACUGAUGAGAUGAAGGUCGAAUUAGAGUCCAACAAUGUCGUUAUUAGCCAUGAAUUGGUGCUAAAGGUUUUGCAGGAUCUUAAUGCAGCCCCCGAGGUUGCUAAGAGCUUUUUUGAUUGGGUUUCAGAGAGAGAAAAUGACAGAUUGAGCUCAAAGUCGUAUAAUUUGAUGUUGGGUAUGUUGGGUGUGAAUGGGUUUGUGAAUGAGUUCUGGGAUAUGGUUGGAAUUAUGAAAAAGAAAGGGUACGGAGUGUCAAAGGGUACAUUUAGUAGGGUUUCUGAGAAAUUCGAAAAGGAAAGAAUGGGUAGUGACUUAGAGAAGUUGAAAGAAUUGUAUGCAUCAGGGUGGAUUGAGGAAAGUGGCUUGUUUAAGCAUGAUGAGCGGACUUAUAAUGCUCUGGCAUUGGUGUUGGCUAAGGAAGAUUGUGUUGAGAAGUUUUGGAGGGUGAUCCAUGAAAUGAGGGGUGGUGGGUAUGAAAUGGAGAAGGGGACAUACAUUAAGGUUUUGAGACAAUUUGUUAAGAGGAAAAUGGUAAAGGAUGCUGUGGAUUUUUAUGAGUUUGCAAUGACCGGUAAGACUAAACCUUCUGUUCAGGAUUGCACUUAUCUUUUGAGGAAAAUAAUGGCUAGUAAGGAGCUAAAUAUGGGUUUGUUUAUGAGAGUUGUGAGGGUAUUUAAGGAUAGUGGGAAUGUGUUGACGAAUUCAACCAUUGACGCUGUUCUCAAGUCUUUAACCAGUGUUGGAAGAAUUGGGAAAUGCAAUAAGAUAUUGAAAGCACUGGAGGAAGGUGGCCUCUCAGCUUGUGAUCCAAUGAAGGGGAAAAUUGCCUUUCAGCUUAGUAGUCGGGGGGAAAAGGGUGAAGCGAGCGAGUUUAUGAAUAAUAUGGAAGCGUCUGGGCAUAGCCUGCAUUACAAAACGUGGGCAUCUUUAAUUGAAAGACACUGUAUAGCUGGUGAUCAACAAAGCUUCUGA